AUGCGGCGGGGCGCGCUCCUGGCCGGUGCCCUGGUCGCCUACGCUGGGUACCUGGCGCUGGGCGCGCUGCUGGUGGCUCAGCUGGAGCGGCCGCACGAAGCCCGGCUGCGGGCAGAGCUGGGGACGCUGCGGGAGCAGCUGCUGCGGCACAGCCCGUGCGUGGCGGCGCCCGCCCUGGACGCCUUCGUGGAGCGGGUGCUGGCGGCCGGACGGCUGGGACGGGCGGUGCUGGCCAAUACCUCGGCACCCGCCAACGCUUCGGACCCCGCCUGGGACUUCGCCUCAGCGCUCUUCUUCGCCAGCACACUAGUCACUACCGUGGGCUAUGGCUACACGACCCCGCUAACAGAUGCAGGCAAAGCCUUCUCCAUCGUCUUUGCGCUCCUGGGCGUGCCCCUCACCAUGCUGCUCCUGACUGCCUCGGCCCAGCGCCUGUCACUGCUGCUCACCCACACACCCCUGUCCUGGCUGAGCUUGCGUUGGGGCUGGCACCCCCAGCGGGCAGCCCGCUGGCACCUGGUCACCCUGCUGGUGGUCAUAGUGGCGGUCUUCUUCCUGGUGCCAGCUGCGGUUUUCGCCUACCUGGAGGAGGCCUGGAGCUUCCUGGAUGCCUUCUACUUCUGCUUCAUCUCUCUGUCCACCAUUGGCCUGGGGGACUAUGUGCCUGGGGAAGCCCCUGGCCAACCUUACCGGUCCCUCUACAAGGUGCUUGUCACAGCAUACCUUUUCCUGGGUCUGGUUGCCAUGGUGCUGGUGCUGCAGACUUUCCACCAUGUGUCUGACCUCCAUGGCCUCACCGAACUCAUCUUGCUGCCCAAUCCGGACCCUGCCAACCUCAGUCCGGAUGAGGAUGACCAGGUGAACAUUCUGGACACCCAGACAGAUCUGCACCAGCACCUCUCAGCUGGCUCCCAUGCUAACUACGCCUCCAUCCCCAGGUAG